AACACAGCUCGUAAUUUCGUUAAUUAAAACAUCUAGCACACCGGUUUGAUAAUUAACAGAAAACGGAAACGCAAGACACAGUUUCCCCUUUACGACUACAGCAUUGAGGAUUUAGUAAUAAACAAUUACUAAAGGCAGUCAUAUUAAGGCUACUUAGCUUUCUCAGGUAAAUUCGUCAGUGUGAAGUAUGGCGUUGCGAGUUCCACUGGGUAUCCAGUUUUGGAGGUAUAUUGCGCCAAGUACAUCGGUAUAUACCAGGGAUAAUGGCUAUCGACUUUGGGUCAUCAUCUUAACAUUCUUGGGGUACACCAGCUAUCAUCUGUCCAGAAAACCUAUUAGUGUUGUUAAGAGUAUAUUAAAUCGUAAUUGUUCAGUUUCGUUAGAGAAUGACCAAUAUAUCGACAUCAAUGCUGCCAAUCACUCAGACCCUUGCUGGUGCUGCUGGGCCCCGUUUGAUAAAGAUAAUGCACAGGAGUUACUUGGUAGUCUUGACUAUGCCUACUUAUUUUCGUAUGCAAUAGCUAUGUUUUUUAGUGGACAUAUUGGUGAGCGAAUGAACCUUCGGCAUUUUUUGACGAUUGGUAUGUUAAUGAGUGGAUUAUUUACAGCCUUAUUUGGUUUCGGUUAUUUUUGGAAUAUUCAUAAUAUGGCUUACUACCUUGUUAUACAAAUUAUAGGGGGAGCCUUCCAAUCUACUGGUUGGCCGAGUAUGGUAGCUGUUAUGGGAAACUGGUUUGGAAAGGGAAGACGUGGUCUCAUUAUGGGACUGUGGAACUCUCAUACCAGUGUUGGCAACAUUCUCGGUUCGCUGAUAGCCGGUGCAUUCGUAGAUACAGCGUGGGGCUUAUCGUUUAUUAUCCCGGGUAUUAUCAUUGCUUCCAUGGGAGUCAUCACUUUCUUCUUUUUAGUCGUCCAUCCAGCUGAUGUAGGCUGUUCAUUACCAGAACAUGGAGAUACACCAAUUGAUGAUGCGUCUUCUCCAAUAAUCAUAAGAAAUAAAGCCACUCCAGAAAAACAAAAGCCUAUCACAACACUUGGUGCACUUAGGAUACCGGGUGUGAUAGAAUAUUCACUUUGUCUAUUUUUUGCCAAAUUAGUCAGUUAUACAUUUUUAUUUUGGUUACCGUUGUACAUUAAAAACAAGGCAGCUCAUUUUACGGAUGAACAAGCUGCCGACUUAUCAACAUUUUUUGAUGUGGGUGGUAUUAUUGGUGGUAUUUUGUCAGGAGUCGUAUCAGAUCGCCUCGGAGGUAGAGCUUGUACGGUGUUCAUCAGUUUACUUAUAGGUGCUCCAAUGAUGUUUAUUUAUAAUUAUUUCGGUCAUAUUGCCGUUUGGUUCAACAUAAUCAUGUUAAUUCUAAGUGGUAUAUUCAUCAAUGGUCCUUAUGCUCUGAUAACAACUGCUGUUGCUGCCGAUCUUGGUACGCAUCCCUCAUUAGAGGGUAAUUCCAAAGCAUUGUCAACAGUUACUGCCAUUAUUGAUGGUACAGGUUCAAUUGGUGCUGCUCUUGGUCCACUCCUCACAGGAGUCAUCAACCCCUAUGGCUGGAAUAAUGUAUUUUAUAUGCUAAUAGCAGCAGACCUUACUGCUUGUGUUUUUAUGACCCGAUUAGUGAUACGAGAAUUGAAGGGUUGGUGCUGCAGUCCACAAACAGGAUAUGUCAGAUCAGAAGACAGGGAGCCACUUCUUACUACAGACAUACUACAGGAAACUGAUAAAACAGACGAAAAUGGGACCAUACAGUGAUUUUUAAAACAGUGUACAUAUAUUGCAACUGUAUUUUUUAUAGAUUAAAUGGGUAGUCAAUUGAAGAACAUGGAAACACUUCAAUUUUUUUGUAAUGAGUCAAAACUGUCAUCAUUAAAUGAUUCUGCCAACUCAAGGAGCUUACCAAAAUAUUAUUACUGUCUUAAGGAGUCUCAUUCAGAAAUAGUACCAUCCUAGGGGUUAUUAUUAUGUACUAUCAUCAUUCACAGAACAAUUCAAUAAUGCUGCCCUCUUGAGGGAUCUCAUUCAGUUAUAAAUAUACCGGUAUAUUAAGAUUGUAUCAUAGUUAUUUUUCAUCAGCAUCUUAAGGAGCUACAUUGUUAAGAUACCUUGCUUCUCUGAAAUUCUGUAAUCACUUUAAUUCUGGGAGAAAAUUUUCACCAAUUUUCUAAGUUGUGUAAAUUUCUCUGCUGUUCUAUGACAUGGUAUGUCAGCGACUUUCGCCAAAUUUUUUCAUCACGAAUGUCAAAAAGAUCAUUUUAUUUAUAGAAGAGAAAAUUAACUAGUUUACAGCAAAUUGCAAUACUAGUACUAUGUAUGGAGCCACUUUUAUUGCCAUGUAGGCCACUCAAACAUUUCUUUUGUUUAUCUUGAAAUGUUUAAAUUUAUUUGACAAAAUACAUUCAUUUACAUUUAUUGAAAGCUUUACAGGAAAUAAUUCUGUUUGUACCCUACACCUACCCUCCAGCACUCAUUUCAUUGCACAUGCCCCUCCUAAGGACACCUAUAGUUAUCUAGAGGGUGCAUAUACAAUUGAAUUGAGGGGCUUGGGAUGAGGACUGGAGUUAGGAUUAGGGGUGGGGUACAAAAAGAACUCUUUCCGUUUACAUAUCAUGAGUGAUGAGGUGUUGUUUUCAGGACUUCAUUUUUAUGAUUAUAGUAUAUAGACAUGCACUUACCGGUACUUGUAAAUCUUUUUAAUAUUUCUUUUCCCAAAGUUGAUAAUAGUUGAUAAACAUACUGAAAUAUUGAAAUCUUCGCAACUCUAAGAAUCUUGUGAAAAAUUUUGAGCUACAUGUAGCAGCAUUGUAGAGGGGGAAAUAUUAACUGUGGUUAAUUUUAGCAGAAUUGAUGUUACAGGGUAAUUCACUAGGUUUAAAUUGAUUUGUGAAGAAAACAAUAUAUUCUUUUCUUAAUAUUGCACAUUUCCAGAGUUUUAAUUAACCUUUUCACUACCAGUUUCCUCUUUUUAUCACAAAAUAGUCCUGUGUGUUGUCUGUACUUUCCUUCAGAAGAUUGGGACAAAAUAAUCAAAUUGUUUGAGUAAAAACUAAAAAUUAACUCAAAUUGUGUCCGUUUGCUUAUGAUUCAUUUUCAGAAAUAUUGAAGAAUAUAAGAGAAAAGUGCAGGAAA